AUGUUUGUUUGCUUCAAAAUGGGCCAUCAAAAAGCACAUGUGUAUGUGAAAGUGUUCACGUGGCCGGUGUAUAAUGUGACCGUGGAAGAGAAUGCUCUUGGCAAGGAUGUUUAUGCGAUCUCAAAUGAACCAGUUCGUAUGGGUGUUCCACUGCCAACUGAAGAUUCUGUCGUUAAAUUCAAAAUUGUCGAAGGUGAUAAGCAGUCUUUCAAGGCUGAAGCAAAAAUUGUCGGUGAUUUUGCAUUCUUGCGCAUCCGACAUCGAAACGAUGGCACACUGAAUCGGGAGCUAAAAACAACUGCAACAGUGCACUUGUUCGUAACCGAUCACAACGAUGCGAAACCAAUAUUCGAGAAAGAUGAGUAUCGUGCCGAUGUGAAGCAAAAUGUCCCACCGUUCACAACAAUCUUGCAAGUUCAAGCCUCGGAUGCCGAUAUUGCCUUAAACAGUCAAAUUUAUUAUUCACUGGUUGGUGUGUCGCUGGAAUUUAUGGUCGAUCCGAUUUCUGGGGCUGUCCGUAAUUUGCGAUAUCUGGAUCCGGGCACAUACGAGUUGUCGUUGCUGGCCGAAGACAGGUCAUCAAGGCUGUUUUGGAAAAAAACUCAAGCGGAUUAUGAAAGCGUUCUGUCCAAUUACAAUACAGCCAAUAAGGCCAAAGCGGUUUGUUUCAUUCAUUAG